AAGGACUCAUUUAUAAAAGAAUCUGAGAUUAAUUAUCUUAGGGUCAAAUUAUCUGUCUUAAAUUCUAAUUUAGCUUCGAAAAAUAGUGAAUUAAAAUAUAUGAAGAAUAUGUUAACUUUAAAAAAAGGUGAAUUAGAACUAAUAAAAAAUAAUUUGGCUGAAAAAAAUUCAAAGAUACACUUCUUAGAAACUAGACUCAAAGAGCUAUUGCCCUAUAGUAGAUUAUCAUCAGAACAAGUUAAGAUUAGAAGUAAGACAGAUAAAAAAAAUGAUGAUAAUAUAUCAGUUAUGCAGUCUUUACCAAAGGAUCUGAACUCUUUAUUUUUUACAAAAUAUUUUAUAUAUAAGCCUAAGACAGAGAAUAGUCAAGUAGAUAGAGAUAUCCAAGAAUCUUUGACUCAACAAACUUUAAUCAGUUUAAAUGAUAAUAUGUCUAAAGAAUCAGAAAUCUCUAAUGAGAAGCAGAUAAAUAAUGAACAGAUUAAAGCAUUACCUGUUGUAACAUUAGGUACUGGCAAAGCUUUGGUUAAUUAUAAGUAUCAGAUUUCCCCUAUUGUUAAGCUUGUUUAUAUAGAAAACAGAGUUAUAGAUUUCCAAUCCACUAUGCAAAAAAAUUCAAAAAUACCUUCUAUGAAACUAUUCCUUAUGGAUAUGGAUGAAGCUAAUAAACAUGUUGCAUCUCAUUGUCAAUCUCAUCCAGCUAUACUUUUUAAUUCUGGUAGUUCAUAUAAAGAUGUUUCUAAAAUUAGCCAUAGAUAUACAGAUGACAUAAAAAAUGCAUCAAUGGUUAUUAACAGCUACUUAUGCAAAGAUGAAUUUAUUGUAUUUGAUCUAGAUAGGCCUGAGGAUGAUCUACUUGCAAUUCAACUAAGGUUUGUUACUCCACUAGAUUCGCAAAAAGAGAUAGAGUUACAGCAAAAUUGCAAGAUAAAAAAUAUAUUACCUGCUGAACCCACUUCAUAA